AUGGUGAGCAGCUGCACGACUCCGACACGAACCUUUGUGGCGAGUCGGAUGUCAAGAGAGCUCUUGCUCUUCGAGGCGCGCGGGGACAUUGCCAGCACCACGCCGAGCGGCAUCAUGUGCAGCAGCAUGGAUCUGGCGUCCGUACAUCGAAGUAGCACGUCGUGCGCCGGCAGCACGAAGUGCAGCAACGGCAUGAUGGUGGGCAGCAGCACGAGGCGUACGUCCACCAUCCGGACGAGAUGUAGCUCGUGCAGUCACGCUCUGAGCAUCGCGUCUAGUACUGGCAGCUCGAUUCUGAGCGACACGCGGAUGGCCAGCACUGGGAAUUUGACCUCCCUCUGA